AUGUCUGCGGGGAGAGGCGAUCCAAACACCCCUGGCAACAGGCCUCUGUUCCUGAGUGCUGGGGUGCCCAACUUAGGCUGUCACAAUCUUGCGGCUCCAGCUGCAGCAGGCAACACCGGCUCGAUCGCCUCUCAAGUCUUAUUCUCCCCAUGCUCCACGUCUGUCCUGAAUGCCAUUCAAGAGGUUUCUGCUCCACAAUCUGCUCAUUUGAGUCCGAUAAGCCGUGCAACUGAACAAGACGACGUCCCCUGCAUCCGGCCAUCCUGGAAUAUGCCUGGGGGUUGCACGCAGGUGCCUAUUAAUAUCAUAGUGUUACAUAGGCAGCUCACUGGAAGGGGUUCGAGGGCGCAGUUGCCACCGUCGGCCACCACUGCCUUGCCUGAUGUUUCAGAGGGAGCUUCCAUUCGGCUUGCUGGGAGUAAUUUCUUGUCACUUGCAAGGACAUCAAAUGUCGUUGCGGGUGAUAUGACAACGAAUUCUUCACAGCUAGCCACUCCAGAUAAAUACAAUUCAGAGCAUCUUCGGCCGAAUUGUUUAUAUGAUGAAGCAUCCAAGACUGAAAAUGGAAUAGAAACUAGCCAGUUUCCACAAUUAGCAACAACAAUUUUCCGCGACAGCUACAAUGAUUUGGAAUCAGUGAUUCCUGCAGCUACCUGGGAAACACGAGUUCAACAUUCUCAAGAAUCAACCACCCUUCUUGCAGAAAGUACCACUGAUGACAACAUUCAUAUGUACCAAUCUAUGCAAAAAAGGCUCAAGACACAAAUCAAUCAAAGUGAACACACACCAUUGUCAACACCAACUGUACCCAAGGAGAAAACACUAACUCAAAUUGAGAUGCAGAUAGCAAGUGCUGAGGAAACUGAAAUGUUCAGGAAUGAGGAAACCCCGGCACUGAAAAUGAAGUCUCGGAAGAAAAAACAUAGACCAAAGGUAAUCAGAGAGAAUAAGCUAGCCAAAGUUCAAAAACCUGAUUCAACACCAGAUGGAACAUCUCCGAAUCAAAAAGUCAAGAGAAGUUAUGUCCGGAAGAAAAGAAACUUCAGCUCUCUGGAGAAGUGCUCUGGUCCUGUUAGUGAUCAAUCAAUCUCUAGAGCAACAGGAGUUGCAGCUAGAAGCAGAACAGCAUCAGUUCGACGAAGUCUGCAAUUUGAAUCCAAAGAACAAGGAUUGCAGGGAGGCCAUUCGUCAAUGACCAACUCACACCAUCACAACUAUGAGAAACCUGGCCAUGCUCAAAGUUCUUUCUACUCAGAAUCAGAAGUGCAGACUGGACAUGCGCUGCAAGUAGGUAUGGAGAAUUCACCAGGAGAAUUAGCUUUCGACAUGAGUCUCAGACUGAACAAAUUUUUAGAUGAGUACAUGCAUUUGCCAGAGAUGCCAAAACCUACACAAGAAGAUUCAACUGCAACUUCUGGGUCUUUUAAUACUAAACUAGCAAGGGAAGAAGAUAAUCUGGGAAGAACUUGCAAACCUGAUGGCAAAAGUAAGUGUAGUUUGUUUACUGAGGAAAGGGUGGUAAAACCCAUAAUAGAGGGGAACAAAAAAGACUUGGAAUUAAACUAUUCGGAUGAAGAUGGUCUUAUUUCCUCAGCUAGGUCUUUACCUGAAAUGGAACCCACAGGAAGUCAGAUGGGUAAGGUGUCGGAAGUGGAGAACCCCACACACCAUAGAAAUGGUUCCCUACCUGGCACACGGGACUCUGUUGUCUUGAGGACUGCAGCUGAGAUGCUAGCAGUUUUCCAUGCUGGUGCAAUAAAGAAGAAGCGAUCUGCCCGGCUCCGCAGAAAUUCCUUCUUUUCUAUUAUGGAUCUUGAGAAUAAUACUCCACAAGCAUCAACAACACUGCCACAGCCAUGCAUGGAUGCUCUGUAUAAAAGUUCUUGCAUUAAGUUUAUGACCAAAAAACGUUCAGAAAAGGCACGACCACACUGUUCCAGUUCCAUUCAACCAAAUGAUGAGCUGAAGAACAGGCUUUCAGCUGGAAGCAUUUUUUAUGGUGCAUCUAAUGGAUCCAAAAUAUCAGAAGAGAGUUCUCCAAACUUUUCACCUCAGACCCUGGACAAUGAAAGAAUCAACUUUGAUACUCAUUGUGAAAUAGCAGAAGGGAGGUCAGCAAAUACAUCAACAGGACCCUAUAUGGAUUACCUUCAAGGAGUUGCAUCAAAGUUGAAGCAUCUUGAUUUGAAUACUGAACAGGUGCACAGAACUGAGAUGCAUUUCUCUCUGACCGCACCUGCUGUUAUUUCUUUUGAGGGAACAUAUGGUCCUUCAAAUGCUCUUGUCCCAUACGGUGGUGCGGUGAUGGUUCCAUAUGAAAGGCCCUUGCAGUUAGUAAAAAAGCAGCGGCCUCGAGCUAAGGUUGACUUGGAUUUUGAGACGACGAGGGUUUGGAACCUUUUGAUGGGGAAAUCAGCUGAGCCUGAUGGGACUGAUGUUGAGAAGGAGAGAUGGUGGCAGCAAGAAAGAGAAGUAUUUCAAGGCCGUGCUAAUUCGUUUAUAGCACGCAUGCGACUCGUUCAAGGGGACAGGCGCUUUUCUCCUUGGAAAGGAUCUGUAGUCGACUCUGUAGUAGGAGUGUUCCUCACUCAGAAUGUAGCUGAUCAUCUUUCAAGCUCUGCCUAUAUGGCUCUUGCCGCAAGUUUUCCUUCACGGUCAGUCAACAACAAUUGUAAGGAUGAUGCUACCACAGAAGACAAUGAACAAACUACCAGCACGAGUGCACUAGUAGGAGAGAAAAGUGUAUUUGACCUUUUCUACAAUGGUGCUAGACCUGAUCUAGAAGUGGGCUGUGAGGAGGUAUCAAUGACCUACAAGAAGACACACAUGGAACCAAAGGACAAUACUAGGGAUAGUGAAUUGAUUGAAGGUGAAACCUAUUCCUUUGAUUACAAAUCAAAAGAUGGAAGUGUUUGCAAUCACCAAGGGACAGGUAUAGAACAUAAAGAACAACUACCAGAUUUCUCCUCAGUUGAAUUAACUGCGUCUACAGAACUCGUGCAGCAGAUACAAAUCCAGAAGAUCUCAUCCUCCCAGAUUUUAACUUCAGAAACUAUUCAAUCAAGAUUAUCUUUGAGUUCUGAGAUACCUAGAAAUUUUGUUUGUGGUGGUUCUGCUGCAGCUUAUAAGCAACUGGGAAGCAAUUUCGAUCAGGGAAGGUCAUUAACAGGAAAUGAUGCCACAGCCAGUGAAAUUGAAUGCCACAGACUCCAAAUGGAUGCAAUGAAUGAUUAUGGAUUUGGUAAACCUGAGAUUCCUUCUAGUUCUGCAAUGCCAUUUUUCUUGACUGUUGAUCCUCAACAACUGAAAUUGAGAAAUGAGACAAAUGUUUCUUCAACAUCUUUCAACAGUCCUUCAGAUUCUGCGUCACCAAACUUGAAAAAUGGCACGAGUCCUCUUUUCAUGCCAUUUAAUUCCUACAUGGCACUCAUGGCAGAGUGUAGCGGCAAUAAGAUCGCUUACACCACUCUGAACACUCCAAAAACAAGCACAGAACUUCCAGUCAAGUUACACCAUGAGAAAAGGAGUAGUUUUGAAGCACCAGACUUGAAGGAGCAUGAAUCAGUCUUUCCAACACAUGAAAUGACAGUAGAAGCAACAAGAAAAGAAGAUGAAUAUAUAUCGAAAUCUGGUUUUACUUCCUACAGUGGAGUACCAGAUACAGCUACACAAGCACCAAAGCCAAAGAAAACAAGAACCGCAACUAAAAAGAAAGCAGAGAACUUUGACUGGGAUAAAUUACGAAGGCAGGCUUAUAGUGAAGGGCAGAUGAAAAAAAGAAGUUUUGAAAGAAGAGACUCUGUAGAUUGGGAAGCAGUAAGGUGUGCAGAUGUACAAAGAAUAUCUCAUGCCAUUCGGGAAAGGGGGAUGAAUAAUAUUUUAGCAGAGCGAAUCCAGAAUUUUCUGAAUCGUUUGGUUAGAGAUCAUGGGAGCAUUGACCUUGAGUGGCUAAGAUAUAUUCCCCCAGACUCAGCGAAGGAUUACCUACUAAGUAUACGUGGACUGGGGCUUAAAAGUGUUGAAUGUGUCCGUCUUCUCACACUGCAUCAUCUUGCUUUCCCUGUUGACACCAAUGUUGGUCGUAUAUGUGUAAGACUGGGAUGGGUACCCAUUCAACCUCUUCCUGAAUCUCUACAGUUACAUCUUUUGGAGCUAUAUCCUAUCUUGGAAACUAUACAAAAGUAUCUUUGGCCUCGCCUUUGUAAACUCGAUCAACAGACACUGUAUGAGCUACAUUAUCAGAUGAUUACAUUUGGAAAGGUCUUUUGUACCAAAAGCAAGCCAAAUUGCAAUGCAUGCCCAAUGAGGAGUGAGUGCAAGCAUUUUGCAAGUGCUUUUGCAAGUGCAAGGCUUGCACUUCCUGCUCCUGAGGAGAAAAGCUUAGUGAAGUCGAGCAAUCAAUUUGCUUUCCAGAAUAGCAGCAUGCACACUAUGAAUUCGACUCACCUGCCUCGCCUUGAGGGGAGUAUCCAUUCAAGGGAGUUUCUUCCUAAGAACUCAGAGCCAAUAAUCGAGGAGCCUGCAAGUCCAAGAGAGGAUGGACCUCCAGAAACCAUGGAAAAUGAUAUUGAAGAUUUUUAUGAAGAUGGUGAAAUCCCCACAAUAAAGCUUAACAUGGAAGUGUUUGCACAGAACUUGGAGAAUUGCAUUAAAGAAAGCAAUAACGAACUCCAGUCUGAUGAUAUUGCAAAAGCAUUGGUUGCUAUUAGCACUGAAGCAGCUUCAAUUCCUGUACCGAAACUAAAGAAUGUGCAUAGGCUUCGAACAGAACACUAUGUGUAUGAGCUUCCAGAUGCACAUCCACUUUUACAACAGCUAGGACUUGACCAACGGGAACCUGAUGAUCCUACCCCGUACUUAUUGGCCAUAUGGACACCAGAAGGAAUAAAGGAGAUAACCAAGACACCAAAACCAUGCUGUGACCCUCAAAUGGGAGGCGAUUUAUGCAAUAAUGAAAUGUGCCACAAUUGUACUGCAGAGAAAGAAAACCAAUCUAGAUAUGUUAGAGGCACAAUUCUGGUUCCUUGUCGAACAGCUAUGAGGGGUAGUUUCCCACUUAAUGGCACUUACUUUCAAGUCAAUGAGGUAUUUGCUGACCACAGAUCUAGCCACAACCCAAUCCAUGUGGAAAGGCAGCAGCUAUGGAACUUGCAAAGGCGCAUGGUCUUCUUCGGGACUUCAGUGCCCACCAUAUUCAAAGGUCUAACAACAGAAGAAAUACAACAAUGCUUCUGGAGGGGAUUUGUCUGUGUGCGAGGAUUCGACAUGGAGACUAGGGCACCAAGGCCUCUGUGCCCUCAUUUGCAUGUUGUAGCAAGGCCGAAAGCCCGCAAGACAGCAGCAACUGAACAAGUACUCUAA